AUGGUGAAGUUCACAGCGGACAAGCUCCGUAAAAAUAUGGACUACAAGCAUAAUAUCCGUAAUAUGUCCGUCAUUGCUCAUGUCGAUCAUGGAAAAUCCACCCUCACUGAUUCACUUGUUGCUGCUGCUGGCAUUAUUGCCACAGAGGUUGCUGGUGACGUUAGAUCGACAGAUACGCGCGCUGAUGAAGCUGAACGUGGUAUCACCAUCAAGUCUACCGGUAUCUCUUUGUUCUAUGAGAUGAGCGAUGAUUCCCUGAAGAGCUACAAGGGAGAGAGAAAUGGCAACGAGUACCUCAUCAAUCUCAUCGACUCUCCCGGGCAUGUCGAUUUCUCUUCCGAGGUGACAGCUGCCCUUCGUAUUACCGAUGGUGCUCUUGUUGUGGUGGACUGCAUUGAAGGAGUGUGUGUUCAGACUGAGACUGUUCUCAGGCAGGCUCUUGGUGAAAGGAUUCGCCCUGUCCUGACUGUUAAUAAGAUGGAUAGGUGUUUCCUCGAACUCCAAGUCGACGGUGAGGAGGCCUACCAGACUUUCCAGAGGGUUAUCGAGAAUGCUAAUGUGAUCAUGGCCACUUAUGAGGAUCCCCUCCUCGGGGAUGUGAUGGUUUAUCCUGAGAAAGGUACCGUUGCUUUCUCUGCUGGUCUGCACGGCUGGGCUUUUACUCUGACCAACUUUGCUAAGAUGUAUGCUUCAAAGUUCGGUGUUGAUGAGGCCAAAAUGAUGCAGAGGCUCUGGGGAGAGAAUUUUUUUGACCCAGCAACCAAGAAGUGGACCAACAAGAACACUGGUUCCCCCACCUGUAAGCGUGGUUUUGUCCAGUUUUGUUAUGAGCCCAUCAAGCAGAUCAUCAACACAUGUAUGAACGACCAGAAGGACAAGCUAUGGCCCAUGCUGCAGAAGCUCGGUGUCAACAUGAAGUCUGAUGAGAAGGAGCUGAUGGGCAAGGCACUGAUGAAGCGUGUCAUGCAGACUUGGCUGCCUGCCAGCAGCGCCCUACUAGAGAUGAUGAUAUUCCACCUCCCAUCCCCUGCCACUGCCCAGAAGUACCGUGUAGAGAACUUGUACGAGGGCCCUCUUGACGAUGCUUAUGCCAAUGCCAUCAGGAACUGUGAUCCUGACGGGCCUCUCAUGCUCUAUGUGUCGAAAAUGAUUCCAGGCGCUGACAAGGGAAGGUUUUUCGCCUUCGGUCGUGUGUUUUCCGGUAGAGUGUCGGCCGGCCUGAAGGUCAGAAUCAUGGGCCCCAACUACGUCCCGGGCGAGAAGAAAGACCUGUACGUCAAGAGUGUUCAGAGAACUGUUAUCUGGAUGGGAAAGAAGCAGGAAACAGUUGAGGACGUUCCCUGUGGUAACACAGUUGCUAUGGGUGGGCUCGACCAGUUCAUCACCAAAAACGCCACCCUCACUAACGAGAAGGAAGUUGAUGCCCACCCUAUCAGGGCCAUGAAGUUCUCUGUCUCGCCUGUCGUGCGUGUUGCUGUCCAGUGUAAGGUGGCAUCUGACCUUCCUAAGCUUGUUGAAGGUCUGAAACGUCUAGCCAAGUCUGAUCCUAUGGUUGUCUGUACUGUGGAAGAGUCUGGUGAGCAUAUUGUUGCUGGUGCUGGCGAGUUGCAUCUCGAUAUCUGCCUGAAGGAUUUGCAGGAAGAUUUCAUGGGUGGGGCUGAGAUCUUAAAAUCCGACCCUAUUGUUUCUUUCCGUGAAACUGUCCUCGAGAGGUCCUGCCGCACGGUCAUGAGCAAAUCCCCCAACAAGCACAACCGUCUUUACAUGGAAGCCCGGCCGCUGGAGGAAGGUCUGGCCGAGGCCAUUGACGAGGGCCGUAUCGGCCCAAGGGACGACCCGAAGAUCCGGUCCAAAAUCCUGUCCGAGGAGUUUGGCUGGGACAAGGAGCUCACUAAGAAGAUCUGGUGCUUUGGGCCCGAGACCAUGGGCCCGAACAUGGUUGUGGACAUGUGUAAGGGAGUGCAGUACCUGAACGAAAUCAAGGACUCUGUGGUUGCUGGUUUUCAGUGGGCCUCCAAGGAAGGCCCGUUGGCCGAGGAGAACAUGAGGGGCGUCUGUUUUGAGGUUUGUGAUGUCGUUCUUCAUGCUGAUGCUAUUCAUAGGGGUGGUGGCCAGGUUAUCCCGACUGCUAGGAGGGUCGUUUAUGCCUCCCACCUAACUGCCAAGCCUCGUCUAUUGGAGCCUGUCUACUUGGUCGAGAUCCAGGCUCCGGAGGGGGCCCUUGGUGGUAUCUACAGUGUGCUGAAUCAAAGGAGGGGGCAUGUGUUUGAGGAAAUGCAGAGGCCUGGCACACCUAUGUACAACAUCAAGGCGUACCUGCCUGUUAUCGAGUCUUUCGGGUUAUCGAGUAAUCUGAGGGCUGCAACUUCGGGGCAGGCUUUCCCGCAGUGCGUGUUUGAUCACUGGGACAUGAUGAGGCCCGACCCGUUGGAAGCUGGUUCUCAGGCUGCGACUCUUGUUGAAGAGAUCAGAAAAAGAAAAGGUUUGAAGGCGGCAAUAACCCCGCUGUCUGAGUACGAGGACAAGCUGUGA